CACAUAAUUGGCCACUCACUCCCAAUGGAUACCCUUUUGCAAAAUGCUCACUCACUUUUCACCGUUUCAUCACUUUCUAUAACGCCUUCCUUUUCUACAAUUUCCCAUAACCAGGUUCCUUUUUCUAUCCCACCCAGAACCACAAGACCCUUCAAUUUGAAGACGAUGGCUCAGGCUGCACAAACCCCAGUUGUUGAUCAACAGAGAGUCAUAAUACCCAACAAGCACGGUGAAAAACUUGUGGGUAUAUUACAUGAAUCUGGAAGCAGGGAAAUUGUAAUCUUGUGUCACGGUUUUCGGUCCUCAAAAGAAGCCAAGGCCAUACUGAACCUUGCUGUUGCAUUGGAAAAUGCCAGAAUUAGUUCUUUCCGCUUUGACUUUGCUGGAAAUGGGGAAAGUGAUGGUUCGUUUCAGUAUGGUUACUAUCGGAGGGAGGCUGAUGAUUUACAUGCUGUAACUCAACAUUUCCAUGAAUCAAACCGUGUAGUUAGUGCAAUUGUUGGGCACAGUAAAGGAGGUGACGUGGUGCUUCUUUAUGCUUCAAAAUAUCAUGACAUUAAAACGGUUGUCAACCUCUCUGGACGCUAUGAGUUGAAGGCAGGAAUUGAAGAACGCCUUGGAAAAGAUUAUAUGGAAAGAAUUAGGAAGGAUGGUUUCAUUGAUGUGAAGAGGUCAGGAAGUUUUGAUUACCGUGUGACUGUUGAAAGUUUGAUGGAUCGCUUAGAUACUAAUAUGCAUGAAGCAUGCCUUCAGAUUGAUAAAGAAUGCAGGGUUCUUACAGUUCAUGGUUCUUCAGACACAAUUAUCCCUGUUGAAGAUGCAUCUGAGUUUGCCAAGAUAAUACCAAACCACAAGUUACAUAUCAUAGAAGGAGCUGAUCAUUCAUACACUAAUCAUCAAGAGGAGUUGGUCUCUGUUGUUGUGAACUUCAUAAAGGAAACCUUGCACGAGCAUAGGGAUACUGAUAGCUAGUUUCAAGCCAAUUGAAUUUGCUACUGUUGACAAAUUUUCUCUCAUGGAUGAACCUGCAUAUGGUGUUCUACAACAUGUUUGAGCCUUUCCGUUUGUGGCUUAUUAAACUAGUGAAUCUUACUCCAUAGGGAGAAAAUAAUGGCAAGAGCAAUAUCUGCCAGUGUUAUUUGCCUCAGACCUAAUAUUCAAAGUUAUUUUGACAUUAUUGAUUAUGACAAUGCUAACAGUUAUCUCAUGGUA